GCCACACAAGGGGCAGGCCAGCUUAGGUGGAGGCUGGCUGUUGAAGAACGAGGCGAUUGAAGCAGCACUGGCAGAAAUCCCAGCUUUGGGUUUUGUGCUGGGGACCAGAGCUGUGAGGGUGUCUACUUUCCACACAGGUUCCUGGGCUGCUGUGCGGCUUUUAUUCAAAAAUCGCCAUUCACUGAGAGCGAUCUGAUCUGAUCGACACACGGGCAUUUCAGGACAGCCGAAGACAAGACUGAUGUUGGGUUGAGGGUUGUAGGCUUACGGGGCCAGUUAUGGCUCAUGGAAGGAGGCCUGGAACAAUUUCCAAAAUAUUAGCUUCCAGCCCUUCACUAUGCCCCAGUCCAGGCAUCGCAAAGCAGAGCCAAGAGCAGCAGCGAGGUUUGGUGAAGGAAGCAUCUGAGCAACCACCUUGUAGCUUGAAGGAUGAUAACCAGGACCAGCUGACUCCUGCUGUUUAUGCAAACCACCAUUACAAGGGUUGUGACCUGAGUCCUGAGGACAUGGAGGAUAACUGCUCUGAGUACGACAACGUGAGCUCUGAUGUCGAGCAGGAUUAUGAUGAGGUGCUGCGUUUGAACUGCAAGGGCGUGGUGGACAUGAGGUACUACAAGCAGUAUUGUCCUGAAGGUGGCUAUAUAAAACAGGCAGUAGGUGGUAAUGUUAAUGAGAACAACAGUGCUGUUGACCAGUUCACUUCCAGAUCUCGUCAUACCACAGAAAUAUGUAAAGGAUCACAGUCUGAGACGAAGCCUCACAAGGCAGGGCAUCGCUUUAGGUCACCGUGCGCCCCACUCACAGGGGAUGAAGCAGAGGGGGACAUGGAAAAGGGCCAGGAGAACAGGUUCUGCUUCAGUGAUGGAGAUGAGAUAGAAGUAGUGUUGGAUGGAGCCAAAUUUAUUGAGGAUUUAGAGGAGACGGAGAGCAGUGUUCAAAGACCAGUUAGCCUCUAUCAGGGCAAUGAGACUGAAAGAGUUAGAAAGGGAAGUGAUGAAAGGGAAAGGGAUGGCAGUCAAGUCACAAGAAACCAUAAUGUCCAAGGAGCUGGUAAAAAGUGUGAAUCCUCGCAUAUGGGUUCAAAGGAGAAGGAGAGACAGGGUAAAGGGCGAGGGAGGAUGGGAACAGGAGAAGGCACUGAGCAUAUGGUUUCUCAGAUCAAGGCAUCCACGACUAACACCACUGAACAGCAUCCAAAGACACUGUCAAAGGACUACAAAAAGGCCGCUGUGCGAACCAAAACAAGAUCUGGCUCCAGGAAGCAACAGCCUCCCCCACUACCUCGCCAUUCCUGUGCUCGGUCACCUGCAGACACCCAAAAGGGCCAGCCUCACAGAGAGCCUCCUCCUAUUCCCAGACCCAGUCCCUCCCCUGCUAACAGCCAGGAGAAUGAAGCCAGGGUUAUCAAACCAUUGCUGGCUGCUCAUCACUCACUGAAACAGCAGGGGGAGUCUCUUGAGGAGAGGCGGAGGCGGCCAGAGAAACCCAAGCAGCAGGGUGAGAAGCAAAGCACAGCUGUGGUACCUGAUGACGUGCCAGAGGAGCUGAGGAGGCCUCAGUGUCCAGCGCUCAUCCCAGCAGAGGAGACCAGCACAUUCAAGAAAACACAGGAAGCUGCUUCUUUUCCCAGCUUUGAAGAUGUCCCAGGUCCCUGUGAGCCAGAAGAUCUUAUUGAUGGGAUCAUCUUUGCUGCUAACUACCUUGGCUGCACUCAGGUGUUGUCUGACAAAAACCCGUCCAAGUCUGUCCGCAUGUCUCAGGCCCACGAAGCUGUCAGUCAAAUCAAGAGCCAAGACGAAGACUCUCAAAUGAUGACAGAAGUGGACCUGUUUAUCUCAACUAAAGCUGUCAAAGUGCUGAAUGCUGACACACAGGAGACAAUGAUGAACAGCGCCUUGCGCACCAUCUCCUACAUUGCCGACAUCGGCAGUAUUGUGGUUCUGAUGGCACGGAGGCAGAUGUCUCAGGCCUCAUCAGAGGAUUUCUCAGAAUCAUCAGACUCUACCAGCGAAGGGAAGAGUCAAUACGGGAUGAUCUGCUAUGUCUUUGAGUCAGAGGAUGCACAGCUCAUCGCACAGUCUAUAGGUCAGGCGUUUAGUGUGGCCUACAGAGAAUUCCUGCGAGCCAAUGGCAUCAACCCGACCGACUUGAGCCAGAAACAAUACAGUGAUAUCAUCAACUCACAGGAAAUGUACCACGAUGACCUUGUCCAUUUCUCAAACUCAGACAACUGUAAAGAGCUGUAUGUGGAGAAGCAAAAAGGGGAGAUCCUUGGUGUGGUGAUCGUGGAGUCCGGCUGGGGCUCCAUUCUGCCCACCGUCAUUCUGGCCAGUAUGCUGAACAGCGGCCCAGCAGCUCGCUCUGGAAAGCUCAGUGUUGGGGACCAGAUUAUGUCCAUCAAUGACACCAGCCUGGUGGGGCUGCCGCUUGCCACUUGUCAGGGCAUCAUCAAGGGUUUGAAGAAUCAGGUAAAGGUUAAGCUGAGUAUUGUAAGCUGCCCUCCUGUCACCACUGUCCUCAUCAAGAGACCCGAUCUCAAGUUCCAGCUCGGCUUCAGUGUUCAGAAUGGCAUUAUCUGCAGUCUGAUGCGAGGUGGCAUUGCAGAGCGAGGUGGCGUUCGUGUCGGACAUAGAAUCAUCGAAAUAAAUGGUCAGAGUGUUGUUGCUAUGGCGCAUGAGAAGAUUGUUCAAACCCUGUCUGUCUCAGUGGGUGAGAUCAACAUGAAGACGAUGCCUGCUGUGAUGUUCAGGCUUCUCACAGGACAGGAGACGCCCAUCUACAUAUAGAGACGCUGCAUGGAUCUGCCCACUGUAGUUCUGCUGGUCUGGCUGUGUGAAGACAAUGGACAGGUGAUGGGCAGGGGGCUAAGUGAGAUGAGGAGAAUUUAUUUUUCUAUCAUUUUAUUUUUUCAGCUUCUUGUUGCAAUGCUGUAAGAACAUUCAGUUCUCAUUUUCAGGUUUUUUCUUGAAUUACAUUGUCAUAAUGGCCUUACAAUGUGAAUACUCUGUAGUACUGUAUGUGAGUUUCUGGUGUUGAAGAGAAGUAGCUUUAAGGUCAUGAUUAUUUUCCUAUGAAGAGAUAUAUUAGUACAUUUAUUUUUUAUUUAGUCAUUUUUAUAAUAUGUAUGAAGUCUAAAAACGUACUACUGUAAAUACUUUGGAUUACUCAAGGACCUGGUUAGAAAGGCCAUAUUACUCCUACAGUUUAUGCAUGUUACUAUGAAGAACUACUGACCAGGGAUUAAGUCUCAUCUGACAUGAUAAUCUAUUACAUUUAAGUAUUAAAGGAUGAUAAUAAUAUGCUGUACAAAGGCACUAAAGGAUGUGUGUUAUGGUAACGCUGAAGGCCAAAGACACAGCUACUUUUCAUAGACAUACAGUGUGGGUGAUCAUUACCUUUACCAGAACAUUCACGAAUGUAUACACAGACAAAAUAUACCUUACUGACUGAAUCUAAUGUUAAAACAAAUCAAAAAAUAGUCUCA